GUCAAAUCAUUUGAAUCUUCUUGAUUGGACUAAAUAUCUACAAGUAUUGUUGUAUUAAACAGUUUUAUUAAGCUUUGAACGGAGAUCUAAAUAAACGGUUGAAGUCUUUUCAUUGAAAAUGAAGGAAAACGGAAGUAUUAAAAGAAGUGAAAAAAGAGGGAAGAAAUUCAAAGCACUGAAAGAUUUUGGGGAUCAAACCAGUUUCCACGGAUUUCGUUAUGUAGCGGAACAUUCUUCAUUCUCUAUGAGAAGACUGCUUUGGUUCUUACUGAUCUUAGCAUGUUUUGGAGGUUUAGUUUUCCAAAUUGUAGACAGAGUAACAUAUUACUUUGGAUGGCCUGUAACAGUGAAUGUUGGUGUCAAUUAUAAUAAAACACUUGAAUUUCCUGCCGUCACCAUAUGCAAUCAAAACGCUUUCAAAGCAUCUUUAGCUACAGAAUAUGGUUGGUAUGAUAUGAUAGAGAAAAUGUUUACAACACAAGCAUCCCUUGAUGAUUUGCUACAGAACAAUUUGUAUGAAAAUAUCACGUUAGAAACGUUGUACCUCAAUACUGCACAUGAAAGGGAUGAUUUUAUUUUCAGUUGUUCUUGGAAAGGCAUACCAUGUAAACCUGAUGAUUUCAACAAGAUAUUGACAGACCAUGGAGUAUGUUUUACAUGGAAUAAUAAAGAUGACCAUUAUGUGUCUUCGCCAGGUGUAGAAAAUGGAUUAAAAUUGAGACUGAACGUAGAACAGUAUGAAUAUAUGCCAGGACCUCAUGAUGCUGCUGGUAUUAAAAUUCUUAUUCAUGAUAGAUUGGAGAUACCAAGAGUGUAUGCCCUUGGUCAAGCCGUAUCCACAGGCUCCAAUGUUUUUGCAGGUGUGCAAUUGCUAAAGGUUGUAAAUCUACCCUCCCCACAUGGUUUAUGCAGUAGCAGAGAACUGGAUUAUAUUGACAGAUACUCACAAGGAGCUUGUAAACUGGACUGUCUGUCACAUACAGCUGCCCAAAUGUGUGGAUGUAGACAUAUUUAUAUGCCAUCAAAAAACGGUUACCCUCCAGUUUGUACAAGCAAGCAGUACUACGGAUGUUUAAAACAGAUAUUGGAUGAUUUUCCAAGUAUGUACGAAGAGAAUUGUAAUUGCCCUGUUCCUUGCACAUUUAAUGCAUAUCAAAACGACAUAUCAUAUGCUUCAACUUCAAGGUUUGCUGCAAAUAAAUUCCUGGCGGGGAAUGUUACACAAGAACUGGGAGAAAAGUUGAUGAAUGCAAAUGAGGUUACUUCCCGAAUGGAUGGGGAUAAACUUGAGGAAUUCAAAGAUCUUUACACAAACUUCUAUACAAAAUUAUCUGUUGUUGAAAAUGAAUUGUUUGGUAAUUUAAUGAACUUACUGGGAGAGGUGAAGAUACGAUUUUCAGAGGAUUUUGACUUUUUAAGAUCAGUUUGUACUUGGAAAAAAUGGUUGUAUGGGUAUCAAGAAUACAUUGUGCAGAAGAAUUUCAUCCGUGCACGAGACGCAUACGAAGAGCGCCAUUUUCAUAUCAUUUCCCUUGCGUAUACUGAGUUUAUUUUAAUGAUUGAAAAUAAGAUAAAAUCAUUAAAUUCAACCGUCUUUGCUGACGAGGCUGUCCGCGAUUUUCUUUAUCAUCAAACUAUUAAUAUUUUAUUGAAUAGACAAGAAAUAGUUCGAAGAUCACUCAUAAAUUUUACUGAAUUAAUAACAGCUUAUCGUGAGGGGGUAGGAAUAUUCAACUAUACAUAUGACUCUGCACCAAAGUCGCACAACGAUUACGCAGUUCCGGUGCAUUUGAUGAAUGAUUCUUUAACGCAUAAUAAUUAUGCCGUUAAAUACACUGACAGGUUUGCAAAUUAUUUGAAUAGAACUUAUGACAUUUUAACAUAUUUGAAGGAAUUAGCUGAUAACGCGUAUGCAAACCGUAGUGUGACAGACGAUGAAAUGUUUUAUGGGAUAGAAGAAUUUAGAUGGUUAAUGCGAAAUUGGAGAUACGCAAAAGCAGUAACUUAUUACGAAGUAGUAGAACGACCAUAUCGUAUAUUACAAGACAGACAUUCAGAGUUUGAACAGAAGUGUUUCUCUGCAGAAGCUGUAAUGGAAUCGAUAGAAGAAACAAUACAUUCCCUAACAAACACAAUUAGAUCGGUUAAUAACACUCUUUUUGCACCACUUCAUUUGAUUAGUUCUAUUACUGAUCGUUAUUUUUCUAAUUUUGUCGGUACAAAGUAUGAUAUUGGAACUCAGUUUUUAUCUGGGCAAGUGAAAAAUGGUAAACUUGAUCUUACAAACUUAUUACAAUUGAUCUUAACUGAUGAUUCUGAUAUAACGUCAGAAUUAGACCGAGUAUUUUCGUAUCAUUUAGAAAUUUAUAAAACAAUAGUAAAUGACCAAGACUCCUUUAUUUACUACAAUUUUUCCAACCAUUCCGAAUAUUUACAAACCUUUGAAGAUAUAAAAGAAACGAUUACCAGUAAUUAUACAGGACUCAAAGCUUUGGUAACAUUGUACGAAACAGUUGGUGAAGACGGGACAGCGUUCUUACAAUCCGUAAAAAACUUGGAAGAAUACUUUUCAGCUUACAUGGGAAUGAUGAAUAUUAAUAAUGAAUUUAUUAAGGAAAAUUUUCUACAACUUGAUAUAUUUUAUAAACAAAUGAGCUAUGAGGAAAUAACUCAACAGGAAGCUUAUGAUCCAUUUGCUCUGAUUUGUGAUAUUGGAGGAUCUAUGGGACUAUUUCUAGGAGCCAGUUUACUGUCCUGGUGUGAAAUAUUGGAUUUAUUUAUCACAAAUUUUAUAUUACCAAGAAACAGGCCGCAAAAGUAAAAUUAAUGACAAAAAAUGUAAAGUGUAAUGUUUGUAUCAACAGAUUGUACAAGUUUGUAGGGACAAACGACUAUUCGCUACAACUAUUUCAGUCAUAUUAAUCAUAUCUAAUACUGUUAAACAAACUAGUACUCUGUAUAACAUUUGUAACAUCGAAAUCAGUAUUUGUUUGGACAUGACUAGCCCACGUGAUAUUGAUCCAAAUCCAAUAUUUCUAUCUGAGUAUCACGUUUGCCUCUGUACAUUGGGACUUCCUUGUGUGAUAUUGCGAGCCGUUAAUGUACAUAGCUAUCUGAAUAUUGACCAAUAGCAAGCGUUUUAAAUAUUUAAAACAUUAACUUUCAAGAGUGGAUAAAAAUAGUAUUUCACGAGAUAUGGUGGUGGGAUCUUUAUCUCUAAUGGUUUCUUUACAAUAUAUGCAGACAAACAUAUUCCUUCUUUUCAAGUGAUCUUCCAAAAAAAUGUUUUCUUUCUAUGAGAUGUCAUAAGACAUGGUCGUUUUUUUUAUGCCACCACAAUAGGAAAUUCAAAGGAAGCAAGAAAAUUUGACGCCAAAAUCGAAGACCAUUAAGUAACCAGGUGAGAUCAACGAACCACAUUGUGACUAAAUGAGAAUAGUCAACAUGUCAGGAAAAGGAUAAAUCGUGUAAGAAUAAUAAAAAACAGCAAAGACAUGUUUGAACCAGUUUGUUCCAGUACAAAAAAUUGGUAAAUUUCUAAAAUUUUAGUAGUGUCGCCUUCGAAGUUAAAAUCUCUACUGGUUUUCCAGCAAUCAUUCCACAAUCAGGUAAAACAUGAAAGCGUCAUUGAUUUAUCAUGCGAAAGAUUACAAAUCGUCAUUAGAUAAAACAUUUACAUAAUCAUAAUGGCGGCAGGAGUAAGACAAAAAGUAAAAUCACAAAAAUACUGAACUAGGAGAAAAAUUCAAAACGGAAAGUCCCUAAUCAAAUGGCAAAAUCAAAUAAUAAAACACAUCAAACGAAUUGACAACAACUGUCAUAUUCCUGACUUGGUUUGACUGGACAAGUUUCCCUUGUAUUAGUUUAACCUUGCAAGGAUUAAAUAUAAAAGUUGUCAAAUCUUUACAGUAAUUGAAUAUUAGUGAGUCUGAAUAGUUAAGAUACAGUUUAAUAAUUUAAAGAGUUUCCAUAAAAUUAAAAAAAAGUUAUUCCUCUCUUCAUGUUAUAAUUGGGGGUAUUUUGGUACAAAAUAACCAAUUUUACAUAUUUGGAUCAACUUUUUAAUCAAAAGAUAUCACUAGGUUAUUAGGAACUGCAAGACAAUAAAAAGAAAGGUGAAAUAUGCAAAAUGAACAUUCAAGUUAUAGGGAUAGCGCAUAAUAAUUGUACGGAGGUUGAAAACUAAGGUACGAUCCCAGUAAAGUUAUAAAUUCUUUAAAUAAAGUAAUUGUAAAAGGAAAUCAAUUCAACACUGUGAUUAGAUUUUUGAACAUGGUUUUUAUUUGUAAUUAUAUUGAUUUUGUUAUCAGAAAAUUAAAAUCAAACUUAA